CGACGCCGAACCGCGACCGCCGCGACGCGCUGGACGCACCGCGACGCGGAGAGACGCGGAGAGACGCACGCGCGGAGAGACUUGCGAGUCGCGCUGACGCGUUGACGCCCCACUGGAUUGAGGGAAUUCCCUGCAGGCCGCUGACGUCGCCGCAGAAAACGACCCUCCGCCCGAGCAUGUGCCUUGGCGGCGGCGGGAAUCGAACCUCCGACUCGAUCUCCAGAAGAGCAGCUAAGCGCGGCCGGUCGUGAAAGGGAGCCGGCCGACCCACUGCGAAAGAUGCUGGAGGCGCUGGGCGUGCUGCUGGUGCUGGCGCAGGGCGGCCUGGACGGCCUGGACGCCGCCAGGGUGGGCCUGGGCGUCGCCACCGUGACCGUGGCCCCCGACCUGCAGGGCCCGUACUGCGCGCAGAUCAACAAGUGCUGCCCCGGCCGGCUCGACGAGUGCUCCGUGCCCAUCCUGGGCACGCUGUGCUACUGCGACACCUUCUGCAACCGCACCUACAACCCGGACUGCUGUCCCGACUACUUCAACCACUGCCACGGCUACAGCGGCUAUGAGCCCUUCGAGGGCGAGGAGACGUGGACCAACCGGCCGCCGCGGCCGCCGGGGUCCCUCACAGCCGGGUGCUUCUUCAACGGUCGCCACUACCCGCUCGCGGAGACGAUCAAGUUCAACUGCAAAGACUGCAAGUGCGUGCAGAUGGCGGACAAGGCGGAGAUGCUGUGCUCCGAAGAGACGUGCCUGAUCGACACCAAGGUCCUCGAGUGGGUGAACCGCGACCAGGGCCGCGACGCGGACGGAGGGAAAGGCGCCGGCCGCGGCGGAGGUGGCGGGUUCGGGGGGUCCGAAGGGUGGCCGACGAAGGGGCCGCCGCGGUCCCGGUGGACGGCCUACAACUACACGCAGUUCUGGGGCAGAACCCUCAAGGACGGCAUCAGUCUGCGCCUGGGAACGCUGCAGCCCUCCGAAGCGGUGCUCAGCAUGACCCCGCUGCGACACCCGCCGGAGCCCCCCAGCUUGCCGGCCUCCUUCGACGCGCGCAGCACCUGGCCCGGGCAGCUGUCCGCCGUCCAGGACCAGGGCUGGUGCGGCGCGUCCUGGGCGCUGUCCACCGCCGCCGUGGCCUCGGACCGCUACGCCAUCAUGUCCCUGGGCAGGGAGGCUCCCCGCCUGGCCGCGCAGCACCUGCUGGACUGCAACAACCGCAAGCAGCACGGCUGCAACGGCGGCCACCUCGACCGCGCCUGGUACUUCACGCGCAAGUUCGGGCUGGUCCCCGACGCGUGCUACCCCUGGACCGGGCGCAACGACACCUGCCACGUGCCCAAGAAGGCCACGCUGCAGACGGCGCGCUGCCCCCUGCGGGCCGUCACCUCGCGCAAGGCCAAGACGGAGCUGUACAGGAUGGGGCCCGCCUACCGCCUCGACUCCGAGCAGGACAUCAUGAGGGAGAUCAUCAAGUCGGGGCCCGUGCAAGCAACAAUGCAGGUCUUCCACGAUCUGUUCACCUACCGGUCCGGAAUCUAUGAGCAUGUGCCAAUUGAAGAGAUGGAACGCUCAGGUUUUCAUUCAGUGAGAAUCAUUGGCUGGGGUGAGGAGGAAGGAGUCAAGUACUGGCUCGUUGCUAAUUCGUGGGGUGAAUGGUGGGGAGAGGGUGGCUUUUUCCGAAUCCGGCGAGGAGUCAACGAAUGCCAAAUUGAACACUUGGUGCUAGCUGCUUGGGCACACACCCACAAUGCCAUUACAGUGUGAACCUUUAAGACAGAUCCGCAAGGCACAUGAAAAGCCCCUGGGGCCAAGGAUUGACAUUGCUACUUAAGUGACCCAACAAUGUUCAGCAAAGAAAGCAGUUGUCUGCAGAUACAAACCCCAGUGCAUUUUCCUAUGGAUGAUUUAAUUCAACAGGGGCCUUAUACUGGGUCAAUGCACUAUGGAAGUUUGCCUCAAAGACGGAAUAAAAAGAGGCUAAAUUAUUGAAUAAGUAGCACACAUGGUAUCAGCCAUUUUAUACGGCUGUUUCUGGCUUCCAUUUUUAAAAAGUGACUAUGACAUUAAUGUUGUGGAGAUUAUAAUUCUGUCCAAUGAAUUCUUCUCAGUUUACAGUAUGCUUCCAUGCUGAACUAACAUGCUCAUUAAGUGUGGCCAGGCAUUCUGCUUAAUAUCCUGUAACCACUGCCAGAGCAAGAGCUUCUGUAGACCUGUGUUCUCACCUUUGUAUUAUUAAGAGUGUUACCUUACUGUUAAUGUGAUGCUAGCUUUAAGUGUCUUCUGUGAUCUGUUACAUUUUGAAUACAUAGAUUAAGAUUCCUAAAUUUAGGUAUUAGCUUGGAACUAGAUAAAGUAAAGAAAAAAAGAGGCUUGCUAAAUUUUCCUUGUUCUGCUAUUCAAAACCCAAGGCUGAGACAUUUACUAUGUUGUGCUGAUGCCAUUGUUUUUAUUUUUUACUGUGUAAGACAGAUGGAAAUAAGAAAAUUUAACUGUG